AUGGCACAAUCUAAGUGGAAGUUCUCUUUUGAGUUAGAAAGGCGGAGAGAAUAUCAGGAUUACACAUUAACGAUGUACUUCAGACAGCACUGGAAAGAUGAAAGAUUGUCGUACGAUCCUUGUCUUGGAAAUGUCUCCCUCAACGGCCGACUAGCAGACAGCAUCUGGGUACCGGAUACUUACUUCCCUAACGACAAGCGUUCGUUCGUUCAUGACGUCACAGUCACAAACAGAUUACUUCGAUUUCACUACGACGGUACCAUCACAUACGGCAUGAGGAUAACAACUGUUGCUUCGUGCUAUAUGGAUUUGGUACAUUACCCUAUGGAUGAACAGAACUGCUCUCUAGAAAUUGAAAGUUGUAAGUACUCUGAUUUAUGUCGGUCUUAAUUGUUUAAUAUUCCAAACUUUCCCAUUGAGCGUCACGAAUACAAUAAUAUAUAUAUAUAUGGCAACCCUGAGGUGAGCUUGCUUUGAGUUCGGCCGUUUUCUUUUUUUUUUCUUGGUAAGUAAUUACGUUAAUUUUAUAGUACAUCUUUAU